AGUCCUUGGAAGUAUUGAACCUUUCUCACAAUAUGCUCAAUGGUUCCAUCCCAGAAGCUUUCAAUGAUUUGCAUGGUUUGAGAAUUGUGAAUAUAUCCUUCAAUCAAUUGGAAGGUCCGAUUCCAGACCUUAAGGCAUUUCACGAGGCUUCAUUCGAUGCCUUAUGGAAUAAUAAAGCCUUAUGUGGUAACGCCACUGGACUAAGGCCUUGUGUUCUCCUUUACCGAGAUAACCAUAGCCAUGGAGGAAGGACCAAAGUCAUUGUUUUAGCUUUGCUUCCACUCUUUGGUGGUCUACUUUUGUUGUUUAUGUUGGCUGUGAGUUUCCUUACUUGUUACAAGAAGACUCCGAGCAGAAAAUCAGAACCGAGGGAGGAACAACAUGGUGAUAUUUUCACUGUGUUUGGAUUUAAUGGAAGAAUACUCCAUGACAGCAUCAUUGAAGCCACUGAAGAUUUCAGCUCCGACUAUUGCAUUGGAUCGGGAGGAUACGGAGCCGUUUAUAAAGCUACUUUACCAACUGGUCAAGUGGUUGCAGUGAAGAAGGUUCACCAAUCUGAAGACAGCUUGCUUCUCAACAACUUGAAAGCUUUUGAAAGCGAGAUUGUUGCUUUAUUAGAAAUAAGGCACCGUAACAUUGUGCAGAUGUAUGGCUUUUGUUCACAUCCAAAGCAUUCUUUUCUGGUUUAUGAGCUCGUAGAAAUGGGAAGUUUGAGAAUGGUCUUAAGCAACAAUGAGCAAGCAAUGUUGUUAGACUGGGAAAAGAGGCUAAUUGUUGUUAAAGGAUUGGCCAAUGCCCUGUCUUACAUGCAUCACAACCAUUCACAACCUAUAGUUCAUCGAGACAUUUCCAGCAACAAUAUUCUUUUGGAUUCGGACUAUGAAGCUCGUGUCUCUGAUUUUGGAACUGCCAGGAUUUUAAAGCCUGACUCGUCCAAUUGGACAUCACUUGCGGGAACCUAUGGGUAUAUAGCUCCAGAGUUGGCUUAUACAAUGAGGGUAGAUGAGAAAUGUGAUGUGUACAGCUUUGGGGUGGUAGCAAUAGAAGUUUUGAUGGGGAAGCAUCCUGGUGAUCUUCUUUCAUAUUUGUCAUCAUCAACACCUGUGUCAAAUGAUGAACAAAUUUUACUUCAAGAUGUGAUUGACCACCGUCUCUCACCACCGCGAAGCCGAGAGGCAAUGGAUGUAGUCACUGCUACAAAGGUAGCAUUUGCAUGCCUGAAUGCCAAUCCUCAACUUCGGCCAACCAUGCAACAUGUUGCACAAGCCCUUACCCGUCAACCCCUUCCAUUGCCGAGUCCUUUCUCGACCAUAAAAGUGGAAGAAUUGUUGGGUCAUGUAGUCUGCAAUGGCUAACUAAGGUGCUAAAAUUCAGGU